CGCGCAGGGGGGCGGGGGCCGCGGCUCGCCCCCCGCGGAUGAGCCGCCGCGGAGCGCGGGCGGACGAUGGAACUCCACAUCCUGGAGCACCGGCUGCAAGUUGCCAGCGUCGCCAAGGAGAGUAUCCCGCUCUUUACCUACGGCCUGAUCAAACUUGCUUUCCUGUCCUCCAAGACCAGGUGCAAGUUCUUCAGUCUGACCGAGACCCCGGAGGAUUACACCAUCAUUGUCGAUGAGGAGGGCUUCCUUGAACUGCCCUCUUCGGAACACCUGAGCGUGGCCGACGCCACCUGGCUGGCCCUCAAUGUGGUGUCUGGCGGCGGCAGCUUCUCCAGCUCCCAGCCCAUCGGCGUGACCAAGAUCGCCAAGUCGGUCAUCGCCCCGCUGGCCGAUCAGAACAUCUCGGUGUUCAUGCUGUCCACCUACCAAACGGACUUCAUCCUGGUGCGUGAGCGGGACCUGCCCUUCGUUACCCACACCUUGUCAUCAGAGUUCACCAUCCUGCGGGUCGUCAAUGGCGAGACAGUGGCGGCUGAGAACCUCGGCAUCACCAACGGCUUCGUGAAGCCCAAGAUGGUCCAGAGGCCCGUCAUCCACCCACUGUCCAGCCCGAGCAACAGAUUCUGUGUCACCAGCCUGGACCCCGACACGCUGCCCACCGUUGCCACACUCCUCAUGGACGUCAUGUUUUACUCCAACGGAGUGAAGGACCCCCUGGCGCCCGGCGAUGACUGCGAUCACAUCCGCUUCUUCUCCUUCUCCCUCAUCGAGGGCUACAUCUCCCUGGUGAUGGACGUGCAGACCCAGCAGAGGUUUCCUAGUAAUUUGUUGUUUACGAGCGCAUCUGGGGAGCUCUGGAAGAUGGUGCGGAUUGGAGGACAGCCCCUGGGAUUUGAUGAGUGCGGCAUCGUGGCCCAGAUCUCCGAGCCCUUGGCCGCCGCAGACAUCCCCGCCUACUACAUCAGCACCUUCAAGUUCGACCACGCACUGGUACCGGAAGAAAACAUCAACGGCGUCAUCAGCGCCCUGAAAGUCAGCCAAGCAGAGAAGCACUAGAAGGGCCUCGUCCGCUCCUCCCAUCCACCCCUCCCAGGCCUGGGCCCAGCCCCACCCUGAAGACUCUUCUUGCAGUAUUUCUCAACAGACUGGAAAACAGGCCCCGGGGCCCCCAGAGGCGGGGUCUCUAGGAGACGCCCCCAAUGGCUGACCCCGCCAGGCCUGGGACCCAAGCCAAGGCCUCCCCAUGCCCUCCUCCUGCCUUCCUGGAGCCCCCAGACCCUCCAGAGAGCAACCCCCCUCCUCCUCCCCCACCCUCACCCCAGAAAAUGAUGUCCAGGGCCGAGGGAGCUUGUCCACGGACCCACCUUCUCGUCCAGCCUCACCCAUGGCCGAGGGCGAACGCUGAGGGAAGCUGGUGCCUCCUCCAGGACACUGGGAUACCGAUUGUCACGUCAUCUUGGGGGGCUGGCUGAGCAGGGCCGAGUUCAUGGAGCCGGGGAAGGCCCUCGUGAGGGCGGGGGCUCUGGACCCCGUGGUCGCUGGCCUCUGGUCCCAUUGGCUCUGGGCUGGUCCCUGCAGAGUGGAGGCCAGUGGGCGGCCCUCUAGUCCUGUGCUGGUGAGGCUCUGAGGGAACACAGGUGGGGCCCUGAGCUGGGCGGGGGACCCUGGCCACCUAGAACCUUCCUUGGCUGCCAACCACAGGGCCUGUACCCCGACUCCCAGCAAGACUGCCAAGGGGGCCCUGUCCAGACCCUCCCCACCACAAGCGCUCACCCUGGGGGGCGGGGGGGUGGUUCCCUGGAGACCCGCCAGCUUGGGGCAACAGCUCCUGUCCCCUCUGCUUUCCCCGGACCCUCCUGGGGCCGGCAGAGCCUCGGUUUUCCCCAAGUGGGGGCGUCCCCAGCAUUCUGAGCUGGGGUUUUCUUAGGUCACCCCACCCCCCAGCAAUCAACGAGACCAGCAGAGGGCUCCCCCAUCGUCCUGCCCUCAUCUCCCUGCCCCACUUGUGGGGGAACGUGGAAGGCCCCUGCCCGCAACUUGCCUGCCCGCCCGCCCACCCCUCUGUCCAGGGACCGUGGCGUUCAUGAGUACUUGACCUGGGAGGCAGCUUAUCUGAGCCUUAAUAGAGAAAACCGUUCCUUGUUGUAGUCUCCUAUUUAAUGUAUUUGUUACCCAGGCUGCGGUUGGCAAUAGUUUCAGGGGACAGGGCCUGCUGAUGCUGUCGGGACCCAAAGUGUGACAUCACUUGGUGUGACAUCCUGUGGCUUCAGGGACAAGCCUGAGAACUGGAGCUGCCGCCAGGGGCCUUGGCUUUCCCUUCAGAGCAGGAAGCUGGGAGCAGAGGUCAGUUACGAUCCAGGGGUCCCCAGGGGCACCCCACACACAGCUGCCAAGGCAGAGUGGUUCUGAGCCUCAGAGAAGGUUUCGACGGGCUGCAGGGAGACGGACAGCCGGGUGGCAGACCAGCCCCCGCCCCAGAGAGCAGGGCGACCCCCUGCCGCCCCCAGCUGGCGGAGUUGUCCGUGCGUCCCUGAGAAGCUGGCAGGAGAAGGGCCAUUCUCUUGACCGGGUGAAGCCCCGCUCUGCCCCUUCUCCAGGCCACGUGGGACCCUCUGAGCCCUGGAAACCCACCCGGUGUUGGAGGUGUGUCUCUGAAUCCUUACAGAUGUUCAGAGCCGAAGCACUGAUUCGGAACCUUUUUUUUUUUUUUGGAAGUCAUUUUGCACAAAACUCCAAAACAACCAAAA